AUGGGGGAGAUGCUCCCGCAUGGAUUGUAUGUUUCAAGUGUGGGAAACCUGGUCAUAAGAGCAAUGCAUGUAAAACUGAGUGCUACUCAUUGUUUUAUUUCUGUUGACUGUGUAAAGAGGUUGGUUCUUGUUUUAUCCUCUAUGAACGGAGAGAUGGUUAUCGAUACUCCAGCUAAUGGGUCAGUGACUACUCCUCUUAUAUGUUUGAAGUGUCCUCUGUCGAUGUUUGAUAGAUACUUUGUCGUGUAUCUAAUUUGUUUACCGUUGAGUGGUCUGGAUGUGAUCUUGGGUAUUAACUGGUUGGAAUCUAACUAUGUUCAUAUUAAUUGUUAUAACAAGUCGGUGCGGUUUUCUGCUCCUGAUGAGGAAAAGGAAACUAAGUUCUUAUCUUCUAGACAGUUGAAUGAGUUAAUAAAGGAUGAAUAUCAAGAGUAUGCAUUGAUGACCUAUUUAUCUGUUGAGAAUCAGGAUGCUAUUGAUGAAUUACCAAUAGUGCGAGAAUUUCCUGAAGUUUCCCCCGAUGAAAUUCCAUAUGUGCCGCCAGAAAGAGAAGUGGAGUUUGCUAUUGAUCUUGUUCCUAGUACCAGACCUGUUUCUAUGGCACCAUAUAGAAUGUAG